CCAUAGCUGGUAAUGUUUACAUACAAAGCUAGCUUGGGUACGUACGUUGUACGGUGACGCAUAGCGUGACAUACACGUAGUAAGAUCCAUGCGUGUAUUUCACACUAGAAAACGAGUGUAAACACAGAACUCAAAGCACUGUCGCAUGGAUCAUAGCCAACUAAACGCGUUCAUGGCUCUCAACUUAGAUGAUUAGUUCGUUCUACCGAAGCGAUCAAGAAACAUCAACCGUGCCAGAAAUCUUUGCUGGCUUCUGUUUUUCUGGGGUGUACUCUUGGUGCAUGCCAUGAGUGCUUGGCGAUUACGCUCCGAUAUGUCGGUGGAUGAGUUUCACCCCUUCAUUGAGGCUGUGCUGCCUUAUGUCAAAUCGUUCUCCUACAUAUGGUUCAACCUGCAAGCGCGGAAGCGCAAGUACCUGAAGAAGCAUGAGAAACGCAUGUCCGCACUAGAAGAGAGGCAGGUCAAAGAAGAGCUUGCCAAUGACAAGCCCGAGGUCAAGCAAAAGUGGGCGUCUCGUCUGCUGGCAAAACUGCGCAAAGACAUCAGGCCCGAGUGUCGGGAGGACUUUGUUCUCACUGUUACAGGCAAGAAGACCCCCAUGUGCAUACUGAGUAACCCGGACCAAAAGGGUAAAAUUCGACGCAUUGACUGCCUGCGUCAGGCUGACAAGGUCUGGCGCUUAGAUCUGGUGAUGGUGGUGCUCUUCAAGGCUAUACCUUUGGAGAGCACCGAUGGUGAGAGGUUGGUCAAGUCUAUGAACUGUUCCAAUCCUGUACUGUGUGUCCAGCCACACCACAUCAGUGUCAGCAUCCGAGAGUUGGAUCUGUUCCUUGCAACCUUCAUUGUGCAAUCUCCAGAGCGGGCACUGAGUGAUUCUGGGGACAGCAUGUCAGUCAAAAGUGGCAGUGAACCAGAUUGGCAGAAUCCAUUAACAAUUGUAACUGCCCAAGAAGAGCCGAAUAGUUUUGCCACCAGCGGAGUUUUCUCUUCCAAUGAAUUGAGAAGACUUACGCAAGGGUCAAUCUGUGACGGAGCCUCGACCACCUUACCACUGAGUGAUCUAGAGAGUCCUACAUACUUCCAGUAUGCCCCGGACGUCACGCAACCACUUGCCACCCGCCGCCACAUCCAACCAAACCAUCCAAUCACCAAGCGAAUCAAGCGUAACUCCAGCACCAUGUCCUCAGCUGAUGAUGACGUGGAUAGUGUCGGGGAAGACACAGAGAAUCUGAACUUCUAUGGCCGGUCCCCGGCCUCUCUGAGCAGCCAAUCUGGUAGUUGGCACAGUGACAUAGACCCUGGCUCAAGUCCUGUUGUCCCGUCCAGCCUAGCCCUAGUUGGUCACAAACCCAAGAUCUCAGAGGCAGCCAGCAGUUUUGCUACCCAGUCCUCUCCAGUAACCAGGAGAAUCCUCAAAAUUGAACCAAAGAUUGAAGGAGAUGGAGGAAUGUCUUCAUGCUCCCUACAUCAGGGACUGUCCCACGUUAGCCAGGCAAACGAGUAUAAGGGUCAGAUACAAGGAACGAUGGCGUCUUUCACGGGUCCGUCCUUAGCACAGACCCCUCAUUACUCUAACCAGCUGAGGUUACACUCCCAGCAUCCUGACUCUGGCCCACUAUCGGACUUUGUUCAGCUUGUGUGCCACCAAGAUGCCUACCAGCAGCAAAUAAAAAGUAGUGCAGUCAGCAACACGAGUAGCCCCACCAAGAUAGCUGGCUUCAUCCCAACGGCAAUGCUUCCACCACCCCCUCCCCCUCCAAUGGCACGACCGGUUGCCAUAGCCACCGCCAUCGGCCAAACUGGUGCCCUGUCCAGUGUGACCAGUCAAACCAGCGUUCCUAAUUCAACUAGUGCUCAAGUCUCCUCUUCAUCACUAGCGUCUUCAUCCUGUACACCCUCAUCGUCCAGUUCCAGUUCAGCUGCCGUCUCCUCCUAUCCGACCACACCCCCUGUAAGUAGGAGCAUCAUGACGAGUCCCUUCACCGUCCUGGGUACCAGUAGGCCUGAUAAUGGCCUGGUCCAUGCCCACCAACAACAGGUGCUGUCCUACCCCAGUAUCAGUCCUAUCAAUAUCAGUCCAACAACGAUUGGAUUUCUUACCUCCCCGGUGGCCACACCCAGAUCUACGCCUCGAUCGACACCCAUCCCACGUUGGACGACGCCCCUGAUUUCACUCGAUGAGAAUACAGAUUAUACCAUGCUGUCUGGUUUAAUAGCAGCUGCAACCAGUGAGGAAGCAUUCCUCAGCUGUGGGGAGAGAUUUUUGCCCGUCAACCUCACAGCGGAACCGAUGGAGACUGCUAGUAAUGCCGUCACACCCACAGUGAGUAAAUGAGACAAGCAACUAGAGUCACAGUUCUCAGUAUCGGAAACAAACAUGGACAGUUUGCUUCCAACUGAGUCAUGAAUCUGGAGUGAAGUCAGGCGGCUUGGAGUGACAAUGAAACGGUGUUGAAGUCACAUACUUUAAGUACAAGGCAUGUUUAUUGUAUGUGUCUGAGAUCAGUAAAAGAUUGUUAUUGAAUACAAAUGCCAACCAAUUGGAACUUACUAUUGAGGGUACCUACCCCUAAAGUACUACAACAUUGGUAUGCACAGCUUGGAUGGCAGCUUCUGUUUAGAUGACUGACUGCAGUGAACUCCAUAGACCAAAACAUGUGUCAUGUCAGCUAAACAUGAUCCAUGAAGUGAUACAUCAUUCUUUGCUGACUCCGCUUACUGCAAUGCUUACAAGCUGGAAACUCCAACAACAACGUUCGCCUUCUGAUACUGACAUCAAGACAUCUGCAAUGUUGCAUCUUUUACAGGAUUGGCAUACUGCCCAGUCUUCCUCAAUUUGUGCUGUGAAGUUUUGUUUUGUGGUAUAUAUUCAGGGGAAAUUUUUGUUUUGUAAGAUAAGAAAAAAAAAUGCAUGCUGAAGUGCCCUAUUGAGAUAUAUUUAUAAUAUUAUGAAUAAUAUUGUAUUCUGUACAGUCCCUGUGUUUGAAAUGCUUUAAAAGCUUAUGUUUUAUUUAUUAUUUUUUGUUUGAGAGAGAGAGAGACAUUUAAUUUUUUUGUUUUAAUCAGAGCUUUUUCUUAUCGCAAUUCUAGCUUAUUGCAUCUCAAUAUAGAUUUUUUUUAUCAUUGUAUCCCAUAUGACUCUGAAAUUGAAUGAAAAGCCAAAAUGUGCUUUCUAAGGGUAUUGUGAUAUAAAAGCUAUAAUGUUUUUACUGAUAUGGUACAUAUCAUCGAAUUUGUUUUUAGUCAUUUGAUUAUUUAAAAAUCUUGAAAUAUGAAGAAAAAAAAAAUUGAUGAUGAAAACAAAAUAAAAUAUUUUUAAGAGAUUUGUUAAAAAAAAAUUGGAAUUGUGACUAUAUUCGGCAAAAUAAAAACAAAACAAAAAAAAUUCACUUCAUUAAGUUUUCAUAAAAAGAAAGGGUCAUAUUUCCCCAGCACUUAACUUCAAAAGUUAUAAAAAGAUACUAAUCAAGAUUUAGUAAGUCAUUUCUUUUCUGCAUUGCUGUUCGUCAGUGUGCUUUAACACCUCUGGUGGCCAAUCGUGUGUACAUAAAUGACAUAUAUUUACUUAACCAUUUUACCACCCUAAUUCACAUGCAUGCCCCAUAUUUAUCCACAUACAAUGCAUAUAUUCAAAUGAUUUUAAUUCCAUUGUAGGUUGGAAACCAAGAUAUGAAAUUGUUUAGAUGAACCCCUUAACUGUACCCAGACUUUGCCUACAUAGUUAAUGUAUGCACAAGUUGACUUUCAUAAAGAAACAUGUAACCAAAUAUCAUAUGUUGCAUUUAAUCAUGCAUGCAAAAUACUGUAACCAUAAAAUGUAUCACAUUAAUGUUUUAUCUAUGCACCAGUUUACAUCUUGGGUUGGCAUGGAAAGCAUUUUAGUGAAACAUUGGACAGGUAGCCAUGGAGAUGGACACUUGAAGGUCAUACUGAAAGUAGGUCGUUUCUAACUGGUGCUCAUUUGAACUACUAAAAUGCCGUUGCCCCGGAAAUGUAAUUUCCUCCCUUCAACUUUUGCAUCUGGUAACCCAGAGCUGGAGGCUGAAGUUAAAAACCACAUCCCCUCCACUCCCCCUCAUUUUCUUCCCCUUGAAUUCUUCAGGCCAGCGCUGUUGAUCAAGUUUUAGACUUGGGGGGGGGGGGGAGAGAUAUGAAAGGAUUUUGCAGAGAAAAUUGUGUGUGAUAUUGGGACUAACAUUCAAUGCAGUCAGCUUUGUGUCAGAAUGCUUUCCAUGCCUAUCUCUAUCAAAGACAGUGGUUAUAAGGGGAUAAUAAUGUGACGUAGCAGUCAUAGACGUGUGGUGUAAAACCAGUUGGGGGCAUGGUUGCCAAUAAUGACCCCAGACCGAAGGCAAGAUCAGUUAACGGCGACCACGCCUAUAACUGGUUUUGAACAUCAUGUUCAUAACUGCUCCAGGACACUUCUACCGGUAUCUCCAUUCAUUAAAUACCUUUUCAAUCUAAAACCUUUUUCAAAUUCCAACAAUUUGGCUCCACCAAUUUAUUCUAUGUCAGGCCAUUUCUAUUGUGCGUGUGGUGUCGCGCCCAUUGCACCAUAACUGAUGUAGAUCAUUUCAGUGGUUGUCAAGCACUUGGUUGUAGCCAGCGUGCUUGGAGCGUACUGUGGCCCAGUGCAUGGGGUCGCUCAACUGGUUUUUCACAUCUCAACUGUAUGUUUAAAUGGCAGUUUAAAACCAACCAAUAGGAAUAAUUAAACUGUCCAAAGUAUUUAUGAAUCAAGAAUAAUAAAGGAACUGGACUUGAGUUUUCUUCUUUUUAGGUUUGGGAAUUAGCCAAGUUUGUCUAAAUUUGAACAACAUAAAUCAAAGCAUGGAGCCAUAUUCUUGGCAUGUUCAUACUUGUACAUGUAGUUAGUUAGUUUUUAAACAACAGAGAAAAUCAAGUUAUUUAAAAGGGGGAAAAAAUGCAAGCUCAUCAGCCCAAAACCUUGCAUGUAUCUGUCUUGCCAUUUACCAGCAUUUUUUUUUGGAACCACUGUCUUUUUAAAUUGAUGCAUGCUUUUUCUUAUAAUUAAAGGCAUCAGAUGGAAUUUGUGCUUUAAUUGAACUUUUUUUGCCUAUUCGUAAUUAUUCAGGAAGAAAUAAAAAGGUUGACAUUUUUAUAUCUGUACAUGAAGGUAUUCCAUGUAUGUUAAACAAGGGUGAAAAGCGUAGUCUUCCUAAGCACAGAUUUCAUGUUAUGUCGACAGAGGGAUUUGUUUAACGGUGACAUACACAAUGAGCAAAUUGAAAGUAACUGGAAUGAAUUGUAUAUAUCAUUGUGUAAUUCAGAGUCGUCUCAGCUUCACCAAAGUAUGUAUAUAUGUUAACUUUUCCUUGACGAAUUGAGUUUUCCUCAGUUUGCUCCAUCAUGCACGAAAGGAUUUUUUUGACUUUUUGUGGGCAUGAACGGUGGAUGGUGACUCAAUGAAAGCUGAAUCCUCCUCACAUUAUCUGGAAAGCUAUCAAAAUGCAAUUCUGGUAAAUAUGUGACAGAUCUCUGGAUGCCACACCUGGAUGCCCACUCAUGUUUAGGGAAUGAAUGUCAUGUUUUACGAUCAUGAUCUUCAAGUUCUGUUAUGACUUCGAUAUUUUUUGUUUUUGUUUAACGCAACUCCAUUUCAGGCCAAUUCCGUCUUCCAAAUUUGUCCUUUUUGUAACGGAAUGAUUUGUAAACUGUACUUGAGGAAUAUUUGUGAAUUUUUUUUAUGUUGGACAACAGGUAGAAGGCAGACAUGUGUUAAUUGGUAUCUCAAUUUCACUUCUUAUGUCAAUUUAUUAAACUGUUAUGAUGCCAUUAUGUCAUUCAGUUUACUUUGCACUUAUUACCUUUGUACAUAACGGAUGAAAUUGUUGUGAAAAACUUCUCUUUUGAUGAUACUUGUCUGCUGCACUGUACAUAGUGUUUUGCUACCUUAGCAGUAACGUCACGUAAUGGAUUUGCCUCUCUGCUAUUGUCCAAUCAUCCUAUUUUAAUGUGUGACUUCAAAUGCCUUGUAAAAACUCCUACUGUAAGAACCACCUACUAUAGCUUUGCUACAAUUAAGUUCUUGGGAGACUCUAGCAGGAUUCGAACCCCCAUCAUGUGAGCUCACUGUGUUACUUGAAGCUGAUAAGAGCAGCAUGCAGUCUGUGUAAUGAUGUCUCACAAGUAAAGGACAAACUAACAUGAGUGGUUGUGUUAUAAGAAUAAAACACAGGGUUUUAACUAAAUAACAACAUUUAUGCUGAAACUAACCCAGUUUUAAAAGUGUUCACAAUUUUGUUCCCACUUUCAAAAACUGAAUAGAAGCUAAAUUUAUACAGUGCUCGUAUCGGACAGCAAAGUUUCAAAUUGUUCAAAACAGCAAGAUUGCGUAGUUAACAAAUGUACAGCAUUUUAUAUACAGAGUACAACAUAUACAGCCAUUCGUAUCUUAAUCAAGUCGUAUUCAUAUCCACGCACAUGUCUUCAGUAAUGACAUCAUAAUGUAAACAGAAUGUUUUUAAACUGUUGUUGCACCACAUAUAUUGUUCUGUAGAUGCCAUGGUUUUAGCCACAGUAAAUAUAUUGUAGUGUUAGCGUUUUUGCCAUUCAAGCUAUAGAAUUCCAUAGAAAGCAUUAUACUGUAUGUAUAUGCAUGAUUUUAACAGCAAUUUCAUGUGGAAUCGUAAUGAUAGUCAUAUUACAUAUAGGCAACCCUUAUCAUGUAUAUUUGCUAUACAUAUUGGUACACACAAUGUAUAGCUAAAUACUCUAUAUUCACUUGAACAUAUUGCAAUGUUCUAUAUUCACUAGUCUAUUAUUGAAGUGCAUGAUCAGUAGAUGUGUAUCAUUCUGCAGAUUCCUCUUUGUGCUGUACCAUAUAAUUUUAAAGAUGUUUUGUCUGUGCCUGUAAGCAUGUAGCAGGCCCAUACGCUACGGGGGGCGGGGUUUCAAACGAACCCCCCUUCUCGGUGAUGAGUUCCACUCAGAAUUUUUUUUUUAAAAAUUAAAAAAAAUUGCCCAACAAAAAUAUCAACUUUUGAACCCCCCCAUCCCCUAAAAAGGUAGAAGAAAGUGUCCAGGAAAAGCCUCAGAGCAUCUAGAAUCCAAACUUUUUCGGGGCCCAGCACCCCACGCUGUAAAAGCUUUGCACUCCGUGCUUGCAUUUUAAAAGGUCCACUUUGUGAUUUAAAGAACACCUUGGCUCAAAUCAUGUUUUUUUUCUCUCCUUAUGAAUUCUUAAUUUGCUUGUUUGUUUAUUUUAAUAAACAGAAAUAAAUCUGCCCUGCACUAGGCUGGUUCCCGGUCUCUGCAUUAUUGAUGCUAUGAUAGGGGUUGGGAACCAGCUUAGUAAUUCCAUAACUGAUGGUUGGUCGGGGGGAACUUGGAAAGCGCACAGACAAGACAUCUUUAAGGUCCAUCCUGGUAACGUUAGAGCACUGUGCAUUGUAUAUUCUAGUUAAGACAAGACCAAGAUGGCUGAUAGGCUAUUUGCCAGCACAUUAGGUGGACAUGUGACUUAUCUUGUCAGCACAUUAGGUGGACAUGUGACUUAUCUUGUCAUGCAAAUUUUAAAAUGCACAGCCCCAUAAAGGUCAAAUGCCUGUAAUGUCUGAAUACAUUUUAAGCUUGUAAACUGUUUCAUAUCAGAUUAUUUUGAACGUAUAACCAUAGAAAGGAAUGAACUUGUAUGGUACAGAACAAUUUAAUACUGCAGCUGCAAAUCAUCCAAACUUGCUACAUGUUGUUUAUAUUUCCUGCUGUUAUUUAAACAAAUUGAACUUCCUUGUUAAUUUCCAUAUUUCCGAUGACAGUUACAGUUGUCUCACACAAAUCUGAAGUUGAGAGGAACACAAAGCAUUCUCGUUCAACUUUUAGAAAAAUCAGAAACAUUGCAACAAAAGUUUAUCUAGAAUGUAUAUCAGUCUAAAAAAAAUUCUCUAGUCAGUAUACUGGAAUAACCAAAUUAGUUGGCGCCCAACACACGGUGAGUUUUAAUGUAAACAGCAUUAAUUUUAACAAGUUGGGAGUGUUUGGAUUUUGAAGUUCCAUUUUUUUGAAGGAUUUUGAGUGCAUUUAUUAAGCUUAUUAUCAACUUUUCUUACAUGGAAUUGUUCCAACCACUAGUCUCUGAAGAUUGUUCGCAUUUAAGGCUUCUUAAAUACUCGGAACUGUUCAAGUCUUUAAUGCAGUUUUAAAACAUUUCACAAUUGACUAUUUACUUCCCCAUAUUAUGAGGUUAGUUUGCAAAUGACUGUCAAGUGACCAAUCGUAGUGCUGAAUUUCUUUUGGAAAGUACUGUCAGCCUAAGACAGUUUUGUGUUAACUGAAAGAUGAAGGAUUUAAUGAAGAAAGCCACAUUCUUGUUAAGCCAAACGUCCAGUCGUGGUCAACAUUUAUGUUGAACAUUUGAAGAUAUUUUAAAAAAAAAAAAAUCCAUUGUCCAGUGUAACUAUUUGGAAUUAACACAAAAAAAACACACACUACUUUUUGUGGGUAUCAAGCCUAAUCAAAACUGAAAUUGAAAUUAAGAUUAUUUUUGAUUUUAUGAAUGUUUUUUUUUCUGUUGAAGUGAGUUUGUGCAUUUAUAAUGCAGUGUUGGGAUUUGUUUUGGUCAUGCUACGGCUGCCAAACAAUUCCAAAUCAUCCAUACCUUCAAGAAUUGAAAUACCAGUUAUCGGAGCUCAUUUCAUUUCAAAAAUCGCAAAUGCGCACUUGCCAGAGCAAUGAACCAGACCCUAAGCAGAGUAGUCACAUUUGUUACCAAACUGGAAGGUAACGAUUUUUCAGUGUGAGUAGAAAUUUAAGUUGUGAGUGGUUUUCUGUUUUAAUUAUAUUAUUUUUUUGCCUAAUUUUCUCCAUGAAAGAGUUUGGAAUGUCCUUUUUUUUUAUCUGUUAUUGUCAAGGGAGGAGUUGCAAUUCGUUGUUUUUGUUUAUUUGCCUGAUUGUUAGUAAACCUAGAUAAUUUAUAUAUGCUCUGUGUAGAGGUAUAAAGUAUUAUCCACAACAUUUCUGUAUAUCUUUAAAUAUUAAACUUUAAAAAAAAUUGUAUAUUCUUAACUGCUGUUGUAUUGGCUUUAUAAUGUUGUAAUGUACAAAACAAAACCCUGUAAAUUUCUUGUGAAGAUUGAAGCUGUGUUUUUGGAGCAGCACGUUUUGUAUAGCAACUGUACAUAAAGAAGGAAAGGAUUUUUCUAUGGUAAGAGUUUAUAAUAUUUAUGUCUCUUUUUCUUGUUCCACAGAAAAGAAUGGCAUUUGUGCCUAUAAAUGAAUCCAAGUGAGAUGUUUGUGAAAAAUUCUAUUAAAAAAAAAGAGAUUUUUUACAGGGUGA